AGACCAGAACCAGAACCAGAACCAAGACCAGAACCAGAACCAAGACCAAGACCAAGACCAGAACCAGAACCAGAACCAAGACCAGAACCAGAAUUAAGACCAAGACCAGAACCAGAACCAAGACCAAGACCAAGGCCAGAACCAGAACCAAGACCAGAACCAAGACCAGAACCAGAACCAAGACCAGAACCAGAACCAAGACCAGAACCAGAACCAAGACCAGAACCAGAACCAAGACCAAGACCAAGACCAGAACCAGAGAAAAGACCAGAACCAGAACCAGAACCAAGACCAGAACCAGAACCAGAACCAAGACCAAGACCAGAACCAGAACCAAGACCAGAACCAGAACCAGAACCAGAACCAGAACCAAGACCAGAACCAGAACCAGAACCAGAACCAAGACCAAGACCAAGAUCAGAACCAGAACCAGAACCAAGACCAGAACCAGAAUUAAGACCAAGACCAGAACCAGAACCAAGAACAAAACCAAGGCCAGAACCAGAACCAGAACCAAGACCAGAACCAGAACCAGAACCAAUACCAGAACCAGAACCAAGACCAGAACCAGAACCAGAACCAAGACCAGAACCAGAACCAGAACCAGAACAAGAACCAAGACCAGAACCAGAACCAGAACCAAGACCAGAACCAGAACCAGAACCAGAACCAAGACCAAGACCAGAACCAGAACCAAGACCAGAACCAGAAUCAAGACCAGAACCAGAACCAAGACCAAGACCAAGGCCAGAACCAGAACCAAGACCAGAACCAGAACCAAGACCAGAACCAAGACCAGAACCAGAACCAGAACCAAGACCAGAACCAGAACCAAGAACAGAACCAGAACCAGAACAAGAACCAAGACCAAGACCAGAACCAGAACCAAGACCAAGACCAGAACCAGAACCAAGACGAAGACCAGAAUCAGAACUAGAACCAGAACCAAGACCAGAACCAGGACCAGAACCAAGACCAGAACCAGAACCAAGACCAGAACCAGAACCAGAACCAAGACCAAGACCAGAACCAAGACCAAGACCAGAACCAGAACCAGAACCAGAACCAGAACCAAGACCAAGACCAAGGCCAGAACCAGAACCAAGACCAGAACCA